AUGAAAGGCCUAUCCAGUAGUCGGGGUCACCAUCACGUGGUCUCCUAUGAACCAUCAUAUGAUCCACUGGGUCACCAUGUUGACCGCAAGCCAUAUUUAAUCAGUCAGAUGGACAUGCCUGUGCCCAUUCCCAUGCCACAUCCAGCUGAGCUGCCCUACUACAAUGCUCAGCGUACCUCAUACCCCUCUGACAGCAACAGCAUCGUCCCAUAUGGAACCUUCCCAAGGAGGUGCCACUCCACCUCCUCAUCUCACCAUCCUGAGGUAAAGGAUGAGUGUAUGGCCAUGGUACCAUAUGUAGGAGGAGGAGGAGGAGGAGGUGGAGGAGGAGGAGGGGGAGGAGGCUAUGGGGGUAAAACACCCACUCGGGUACCAGCAAACUUUGUGGACCCGUUUGAACGUCAGCCAUCGUUUUCCAGAGAUGGCUACCAUACACUGCAGUACAAACGAGGAGUGCAGGCCCACAGUGGGGGGAUGGGGGUCAACAACAACAACAAUGACAGUCCAGGGCGAAUUCGCCAUCUGGUCCACUCCGUCCAGAAACUCUUCACCAAGUCACAUUCAUUGGAAGGGCCACACCACACGCAAUCCUCCAAGGGGGCCAAUAAUGGGAGUGUUAAUGGUGGUGGUGGUGGUGGCAGCGGAGGAGGUGGUGGUGGUGGCUCAAGGGCCAGCCCAGAGGGUGAAACUCCACCAGUGGGAGUGCGCCAUCGGAAGCGCAGCAAGAGCCGUGAGCGCUGUCGAUCAGCGGAGCCCAAGCAUCGAAGCCACCACCACCACCACCACCAGCUCCACGGCUCAGCAUCUGCUCCAGGCUCUGGAUACUGGAGCUCAGAUGACAACCUGGAACGGGAGCUGUGUCUCUACCACCCUCACCACCACCAACCUCCACCCUCACCCUCCCCCUCCAUUUCCCCCUCGCCUAUUGCCAUGACAAUGAGCCGGUACCCCGGCAACAACCCUGACAAGUUCCCCCAGACUCCUCUCCCCAGUCUCUCCUCCUCGCAGUCCCAGCAGUACUUCAUGAUGGACCCUUAUGGCACUCUAAAUGAGCACACACACACCCACGCACACCAUGGCCACGCACACCACCAUUCAGCACUCAAAGCCUCCCGGAGCAACAACGAUGUGAAGUAUGCAGCGUCAUCGGCAUGUGUGCCAAUUAGUGGUAGCAGCAAUAACAGCGGUGGCGGUAUCGGUGGAGGAAGUGGCUCCUUGCUGCCAGUGGGUCUUGUGGACGGGCCCCUUGUGAAGAAAGGGCCAUGGUCAUCAAGCCUAACGGUGAGCAGGGCCCGAGAGGUCUACACCAACAACAGCAGCCACAACCAGCCACGAGCCAGCGCAGGAUCCGGUAACCUAAACCUAGAUAGAGCUCUAGUCAAAUCUAAGGGCAGUCAGCAGCAGGAUCGCUCUUGCCAUUUCUUACAGGUACCUCAGGAUGAAUGGAGCGGCUUCUCUCCUCUAGGGAAAGAGGAUGACAUCCCAUGUCGGAGAAUGAGAAGCGGCAGCUAUGUCAAAGCCAUGGCUGAGGAUGACAGUGGAGACUCCGAUGGAAGUCCCAAACCCUCCCCGAAGAUCCAGGCUCGCCGGGCUACCCUGAAAGCCACACAACCAUCUCUGACUGAGAUGACCACUUUACAGAUUUCAACGGAGCACUCCCCCAAACUGCAGAUCAGGAGCCACAGUUACCUGCGUGCGGUGAGUGAGGUUUCAAUCAAUAGAAGCCUGGAUACCCUGGACCCCAAAACCCUCCUCGAUCCCAAAUCGCUGCUGUCCUCACCCCAAUACCGCUCACGCAAUGAAAGCUACAUGAGAGCCAUGAGCACCAUCAGUCAGCUGAGUGAGGUGGAAGUGAACGGGCAGAUUGAGCAGGUGUGCGAGCAGGUCUACAGUGAGAUGCAGUCUCAGGCCAUGGAGGCUGCCAUGGACAGCAUGGACACCAUGGACACACUGCCGAUGCCGGGAUGUUUCCGGAUGCGGAGCCACAGCUAUGUGAGGGCAAUCGACCAGGGCUGUGGGGAGGAGGAAGGAGAAGGAGGGAGACCGCUGCUUCUGUUACCGUCCUCCCCACCACGUACGUCUGCCACCACUGUCAGGACCAUCCAGAGCAGCACAGUUUCAUCUUGCAUCACCACCUAUAAAAAAACCCCUCCUCCAGUGCCGCCUAGAACUUCGACCUGCUCCACAGCCUCCAAACCUUACAUCUCCAUCACAGCCCAGAGCAGCACAGAGUCUGCACAGGAUGCCUACAUGGAAGAAGAGGGACCUCGAGGUGACAUGACCAUCCAAUCAGGGCUCAGUAAUUCCACAGAAAGUAUUGACAGCAUGAAGGCCUUGACAGCCGCCAUAGAGGCUGCUAAUGCUCAGGUCCAUGGACCAGCCAGUCAGCAUGUCAACAACAGCACCAUGACAGUCAGCACCACGGUCCCCUCAGUCCUCAGCAGGGGGCAAGUAGUCGACGACCACCGGGAUGAUUAUAGGAAAGACGCGCUCAGGAAGGGCAAAUGUCUCUCCAUAGGCAUCCAGGUCGAUGGACCAGAGGAUGUUCCAGAUCCAGAGGACCCCUCCAAGUUCACCUCUGUAGGUGUGCAAGUAGAGGAUGACAGAGGGUAUCGUCGGUUCCAGCGCUCCAACAGUGUGACAGCAGCUGUGCAGGCAGAUCUGGACAUGCCAGACCUACUAGACACACCUCUAGACUCCCCGGACACUGACAUGGAAGUAUUGUCAUCUCGUGCCAUCCCUCGGCAAUACUCCCGCGAUGCCGCCACUUCCACCGUCAGCAUCCAGGGCUCAGGGAACCACUACCACGCCUGUGCCUCUGAUGACUAUGAAGAUGUGGGCUUUGACCCAUCCAUCCUUCCCCCUCCAGACCCAUGGAUAGACAGUGUAACAGAUGACCCACUUGAUGUCAACUUCAACAGCUCUGCUAUACUGGAGGUGGUGCAGAGAUCAGUGUGCCAGAGAGAUGGACGUUGGUUUCUGAAGCUUCUGCAGGCUGAGACUGACCGCAUGGAGGGCUGGUGUCGACAGAUGGAGCUCGACCAGCGGGAGAAUGACCUGCCUGAAGACAUCCUAGAGAAGAUGAGGAGUGCUAUGGGAAGUGCUCAGCUUCUGAUGUCCCAGAAGUUUCAACAAUUCAGGGAGCUCUGUGAGGAGAACCUGAACCCCAAAGUCCACCCUCGUCCAGUGGCCUCAGACCUGGCUGGAUUUUGGGACAUGCUUCAGCUGUCAAUCGAGAACAUAAGCCUCAAGUUUGAUGAGCUUCACCAGCUCAGAGCCAACAACUGGCGACCCUUGGAUCCUCCUGACAGAAAGGAGAGGCGGCUCCCACCUCCAGUGCCAAAAAAGCCACCCAAGGGCCCCCAACAUCAUCCCCCUCUGGCCAGAGACCGCUCACUGGAAAGCUCAGAGAAGCAGCGUCAGGAGGCCAGGAAGCGCCUGAUGGCUGCUAAGAGAGCAGCAUCUGUACGACAAAACUCAGCUACGGAGAGCGCUGACAGCAUCGAGAUCUACAUCCCUGAGGCUCAGACAAGGCUAUGAGGACACUGCCAGGGUUCACACACAGUACACACCAUGCACUCACAACACAAACAAUGUAUGGUUGUCCACACCAAGGCAAAGGGGUUUAACCAAAUCUGAAUAU